AUGUCUUGAUAUACAACAAGGAAUGGUUGAAAGUGCAAAAGCUCACCUAGAAAGCCUCAAAAUUCAUCAAAAAUUAUCGAUAAUAAAAGCUGAUUGAUGUCUUUAGAUAGUGUCUCUCAAGUGCUACUAAUAGAUCAAUAUAAUAAUUAUUUCGACGCAAUAAUAGCCUUCUAUUGAGAGCUCAUUGAUGCAAAACCUCUUGGCACUAAUCCUGACUUUGAUAAAGCAAAUGUUUUGCUGAGACUUUGGACUACUAGCUAG